UUGGCAUGAAUGUGAUGAUAAUGCUUGAUGUUGAUCAUGGUGGGUGUAUUGACAGCUCUCAACUCCAGUUCUGUGCUCAACCUUCAUUUUAUCAUGAAUCGCACUGCGGGUAUAAGCGUAACCUGCGCGAUGUCGCAUAGAUGUUUGCUCUCUGCCUGCAUGGCCGUGCUUGUGGUCAUCCGGAUUCACUCUUAGAAUGGUCUACUAUGGAGCCACACUUGAUUACGGCGAUUGCCAUCCAAGGCCACCGCGCUGGCCCAUCUUGUGCUUGUCUGGCCCUCUCUUACUGCCAUGCUCGACCAAGUUCCACGAUAUCAACUCUUGGAAGUAACCAGGUCGACCAUGCAACUGGUUUAUGAGGUACAACGGCUCUGUUUGGCGCACAGGAUGCCGCAAUGGCAUAUAAUUCCCACUGUGACAGAUUCGUGAUCGUCUCGUUGCAAGAGCGACGCCUCGCAGCCUUUGAUGAAGUUGGUCUUCUUCGCAUCGCGAUCAUCGAUGUCUGUCUGGAGAGAAAUCCGAUCUUUCCAACGGAAGCAAGCGGCAACGUGCGCUGAUCGACGGCGCUAGGUUCUAGUGAGUGAAGGGUCCCGAUGUUCCUGCGUCGUAGGCCGAGUCACCACAGUGGCCUCCUCAUCAUAAUUCCAUCGCUUCAUCGUAGAUUGCUAAUUGAAUUGAAG